AUGCGCUUCGCCGCCGUAGUAUUGCUGGCUACCCUCUCGCUGUUUUCAAUGACGGUGAUGGCUCAGCUCGAGGGGAGCACUUGCGUCAACGGCAUUUGCCCAGCCAAUUACGUAUGCGGGGCCGGGAAUGUGUGCUACGCAGCCACGCCCGUCAACUGCGUGGAUGCAAGCACAAAUUGCGCCACUUGGGUCAAGAAUGGAUUCUGCCGUAACGCGUUCUACAAGACAGCCGACAAGAAGACCUCCUGCUGCAAGUCGUGCGGAUUCGACACGGUGUGCCGGGAUGCUGACCCCAAUUGCCCGACGUACGAUCGCACUCAAAACUACUGCGCUGGAACUUCGGUCACGGAAAUUCAGAAGAUCAACACGUGCAAGAAGACCUGUGGCGUCUGCCAA